CCAUCUUCUAAUAGCAAAUGAAUAUGAAAAUGGAAAUGAACAUGAACUCGUUGCUUUUUGUUGUUUUGUGUUUGAUUCACGUUUCACGUUGUGUUUCUUACACCAACUUUGCAUUUGGGGACUCCGUUGUAGAUGCCGGAAACAAUAACCACUUGGCAAGUCUCUCCAAGGCCGACUACUCUCCAUAUGGCAUAGACUUUACGCCUUCUGGUGGCAAGCCUACAGGAAGAUACACAAAUGGUUUCACCAUUAUUGACAUUAUUGCACAAGCUUUGGGAGCCAAGACGUUGGCUUCGCCAUCGCUGGCAGGUAAUGCAACAUCUAACGCAUUACUUGGAGGAAUAAACUUCGGCUCUGGAGCUUCUGGGAUUCUAGAGGAAACUGGUGCCGUUUAUCUUGGACGCAUUCCAUUAAGAAAGCAAAUCGAUCAUUUUGAGCAAAGUAGAGCUGAAAUGGUCCAAACGAUGGGAGAAAAUCGUACACAAGAUUUACUAAAAAAUGCAAUCUUCUCGUUAACGAUUGGUAAUAAUGAUAUUAUAACCUACUUCCUACCAAAGAUUCCUUUCAUUGGCAGUUAUAACGAAGUUUCCCAUGCCGUUUUACAAGAGACCAUGGUCGCACAUAUGGGUUCAUAUCUUAAGCGUUUGCAUGAACUAGGGGCUCGAAAGUUUGUUGUAGUCGAUAUAGGACCUCUUGGUUGCUUACCGUUUGUUCGUGCGAUACACCUGCUGCCAGAUGGAAAAUGCCAUGAAGAAAUGAAUAUGUUGAUUCGCGGAUACAAUGAAAAGUUACGUCAGGCUGUGAAUAUCUUAAAUCAAGAUUUGGGAAACGGUUCCAUUUUCGUGUAUGCAAAUUCUUACGAUGUCAUAAGUGAGAUUUUGCAAAAUUAUCGUGACUAUGGAUUCGAGAAUGUGAACGAUCCUUGCUGUGGAGGAAACAUUCCUCCAUUUUUCUGCUUUCGGAUUGAAGGUGAAGAGAGGCAAAUUAGCUCAAAUCUUUGUGAUGAUCGAUCGAAGUAUCUGUUCUGGGAUGCAUAUCAUCCCGGACAAGCAGCAAAUUUCAUUAUAGCUCAGCAUGUGUUGAAUGGUGACGAAAACAUCUGUUCUCCUUUCAACAUUCGCCAACUUCAUAAUCUCAAGCUAUAACUCACUACGCCAUCUGAAGAUCAUCUGUGGAGUUUAUAAUCAUGCUUGUGAUUACUUUUUUUUUUUAAGUACGGUGUCGGUGCAUAUCCAUGCAAGCAGUAUUUUGCUCUACUUUAGAGAGGCGUAUGUAGUAGUAGGUCCUCAAUAACUGGAGAGAUUCAAUUAGGUCGUGUGUUAAGUUACUAGCUUUGCAUCCAUGUAAAAUUCCUACUAAUUUAUGUGUGCUUUUACUGUUAUUUUGCUUUUUGCUUUUUGUGGAUAUGCAAGUAUCUUGCUCUACUCUAGAGUGGGACUGAUCCCUGGCCCUGAUGAGGCAUGGCCAAAUGAAUGGG